AAGAAAGGGGUCACUCACUCACACUCACCUUUUUACUAAUUUGUCUUCUUAUGUGCUGUUGCGAAUGUUGGAAGCAUGGAAGCAAAUCAAAGGCCAAGAAUGGCGGCAACCAUACCUCCCCCCUCUUAAAUCUCUUUCUCUCUAUUCAACCUCUUUCCUUCAAUCUUUUGUAUCAUUUCACUACUACUACUACUUAUAUUUAAUAUACACAUCAAUUCAAAUGCCAUUAUAAAACUUCACUGUCUUCGAUACCUUGAAAAAGUUAAAGUUUGUUUUUCAUAACAAACAAUUCAACGGUGAACUUGUUUUUCCAUUUUUCACAAAAUUGAAGUUCGCUUUCAUUUCAUUUUAAAUUUAAUUUUCGUAUCAGUGAUGAGUGAGUUUCGCGUUCAAGACAAAGAACCUAGUAGUAGUACAAAAAAACCCACUACCACCAACAACAACAUUGUUGUUGGAUCGGUUUUUAAGGUGGAGAGUUUUGAAGGAUCCCCUAAUAAGAUGAUGAUGAUGCAGCAUCAUAAUGAUAAUCAUCACCAUCACCACCGUUCAUCCUUUCAUAAUGAUGAUUCAAGUGUUGCUGGUCCCACAAUGCCUUUUAGUGACGGUUAUUCUUCUCUCAGUGCUGCUACCAUUGACGGUGUAUCUUUAAAUUUGCAACCUUUUCACAGCAUUUCUUCUUAUAAUAAUAUUACCUCGGCUACUACAACAACCCUCGAAACCCCAGGUGAAAUGGGGGCGGUUUAUCCUUUCACAAUUGCACAAUGGAACGAACUUGAAAGACAAGCUAUGAUUUAUAAGUACUUGAUGGCUUCUCUUCCUAUUCCUUCUGAUCUCCUCUCAUUCAUGCCUACUUCUUCUCACUCUUCAUCUAAUGGUGGUGGUUUCAAUAUGAAGUCAUCAAGUAGUAGCAACACUGAUCUAGAACCAGGUAGGUGUAGAAGAACAGAUGGUAAAAAAUGGAGAUGUUCUAGAGAUGUUGCUCCUAAUCACAAGUAUUGUGAACGACAUAUGCAUAGAGGCCGUCCCCGUUCAAGAAAGCCUGUGGAACUUCACACCAAUUAUGAUAACAACAACAACAACAAUAGUCAUCAAAUCAAGAAGGCUCGCCAUGAUUCUAAUCCUUUUCAUCUGCCUGAUGUUACUUUGGCUAUUCCCAACUCAACUACAAGAAAAUAUGGAUCUUCAUCACAUUCUCUUGCUUCUAAUACCUUUCACCCUUAUCUCCAAUCUUCACUUUCUCUUGAUAAUAAUAGCUUUGGUGUCAAAACUUCAAGUUUUGUUUCUUCAAGUAAACGACCAAGGGGUUUGGGGUGGAUGCUAAAUGGAGAUACAAUUUCUCUUGCUGUUUGUGACUCAGGAUGGCAGCCUCUGAUGCAUAACAAAAUUGGAAUGACAACUGAAAGUUCCUAUCAUAAUAACAACACUGAGUCUCAUUAUCUGAAUUCAUUUCCACUAUAUAAUAAUAAUAAUAAUACUUCUGAACUGACUCAACAACAAAAACCACUUCCUCUCUUCCUUAAUCCUCUUGUUGUUCCAACGCAAACUCUCCAAUCUGAGAAACCAAGAGGUUUCACUUUAUUUGAUGCUUGGCCUAACACAGAAACAUUGGAAACCAACACCAACAACAACAAUGCUUCUUCAUCAAUAGGUAAACUAUCCCUUACAUCUCUUGAUAUAUCAAUGGGAGGUUGUGUUAUGAGUGAAGAAAAUCAAGAAAUGAGUACUAUUGAUAUGGGUUUAGGCCUCAUGGAAGAACCUAAUGAAAACACAAGCAAUGAUGAUGAUGGUAAUAAAAUAGCACUUUCAAAUUGGCUUAACCAAGAAACUUGGGUAGGUUCAAAUUCAAUACUUGGAGGUCCACUAGCUGAAGUUUUAAGGCCAAGCACAGUUACUACCAUGAGUGAUCCAACAACAAACUCAAAUCCAUCUUCACCAGCUACAAAACUUGUUGAAUCAAGUGGCACUUUAGGAACUGCAAAUGCAAUGGUUUCUUCAUCUCCAUCUGGUGUUUUGCAAAACAAAACACUUGCUUCCUUUUCUGAUAGCAGUGGUAACAGUAGUCCAACGGUUGCUUCAUCAAGGACGAAAUUGUCCAAGUUCAAUUAAAUUUCAUAUGUAAAUUAAUGUUUCUUAAGUCUUUAUUUAACAUGUAAUAAUGUUCUGUUAUGUAAUAUUAUUUAGCUUGCAUAUUAAUUUAUCAACUCAACUAUGCGGUAUAGUCUAUCUUACUAGAAAAACAGUGAGGAAGAAGGUGUGUUUCUGUCUUAUGUGAACAGGAGUCUUUGCUAAUAAAUGUCUUAGGGUUGUUUGUGUGUGGUCCUGACCCAAGUUGUUGUCUUAUAAUAAUAAGAUAUUUUAUUAUUUAACUUUGA